AUGGAGUCCUUCGUGAUCAAGACGCCCUGCUCCAGCGCAAACAUCGGGCCCGGCUUCGACGUCAUUGGCCUUGCGCUCUCCGUGUAUCUCGAGCUGCAUGUCACGAUUGAUCGCUCCAAGACCAGGUCCGAACACCCUCUCAACUGCAGAGUGACGUACGAGGGCCAGGGUGAAGGCUCCGACGAUAUUAGCCUGGAUCCGCAGAACAACCUCAUCACCAGGGUUGCGCUCUACGUGCUGCGAUGCCACGACCAGCGCAGCUUCCCCGUCGAGACGCACGUCCAUAUCAAGAACCCGAUUCCGCUGGGGAGGGGGCUGGGAAGCUCGGGAGCGGCUGUGGUGGCUGGUGUCCAGCUGGGCAAGGAAGUUGGGAAGCUGCACCACUUGACCCAGGAGCGGCUGUUUGACUAUUGCUUGAUGAUUGAGAGACACCCGGACAACGUCGGCGCGGCGCUCUUUGGAGGAUUUGUUGGAACGUACCUCAUGCCAUUGAAGCCCGAGGAUGCCUCCAGAGUCGAAGUUCCGUUGAGUGAAGUGCUGCCCAACCCGGCGGGAGGCGUCGAUACUGGCAAGAGGCCCCCAGAGCCUCCCAAUGGCAUCGGUCACCACAUCAAAUUUCCGUGGAACAAGGAGAUCAAGGCCGUGGCCAUCAUUCCGGACUUUAUCGUGCCCACCCACGACGCCCGAGCCGUCUUGCCACCAAACUACCAGCGUACCGAUGUCGUAUUCAAUCUGCAGCGGAUAGCCCUGCUUCCCGUUGCCCUUGGUCAAUCGCCACCGGAUCCUGAACUCAUCAACCUGGCUAUGCAAGACAGAGUCCACCAGCCAUACCGCCAGACCCUCAUUCCUGGUCUGAACGAAAUUGUUCAAUCCAUGUCGCCCAAGACCACGCCCGGAUUCCUCGGCGUAUGCCUUUCCGGCGCCGGCCCCACCAUCUUGGCCCUCGCCGUGUCCAAUUUUGAGGACAUUGCCAACCAGAUUAUCGCUACUCUGAGGAAACACAACGAGAAGAAGGAUCUUGCCUGCCAGUGGCUAGUCUUGGAGCCUGCGGAGGGAACUCACGUUAUUCGAUCAAGUUGA